CAGACCACUUCUGAAAGAAAAUGGCGGUCCCGUUGACAUAUUCCUUAUUUCCUGAGGGCAAAUGUUCAAUCCAUAUCUUCAAAUUAUUCGAAACUGUUCAAGAAAGAAUUUUGGGGUUCUCUUUUCUCUAUUCUUUCUUAUUCUGAUUGAUUCUUCUUAGUUCAUGUUUGACUAAACCCUAGCUCAUUCUCUCUAGUAUUUUCCUCCCAUUUCUCUCUUCGUAUUCAGAACUGUUCCAGCUUCGUUGCCUUCGAGUGUUGCAUCCCGACUUGAGGCAAGGAUGCUAUGAUCUUGCAAGGGAUUGAGAGUUUGAGCCAUUGACCAAUAUAUCUCCAAUAUAGCUAUUCAUUCAAUUAUCUCAAUUUAAGCCUGAAAACUAUCAACAAAAGAAGAGUCAAAAGCCCCCUAACUCUAACUGGCUGGGGUCUAGUGGCUGCAAUUACUCUGUGUUGUUGUCCAUCAAUUUUUCCAGCAAAUUGGACAAUCAUUAACUCCUGCAGUCUUGUGAACCACACAGUUACUGUAGAUUAUAUUCGAAAACCAGUUCCUGCUCUUCUAGAAUGCUUUCGUCUGUUAUUUCUCGAUAUUCAACUUUCUUACCUUCUUCUUUGCUUCUCGCCCAAUUCGAAAACUUGCUUUUCCAUCACGGUUAUUACUCCACUCUCUCCAAACCCCAAAAUCCCACUUCCUUUCCCAACUAUGAUGACCCAAAUUCAUCCCCACCUCUCAAUCUUCCCGCCAGUUCAACAAGUGCUUCCUUUGAAUCCCUAAACCCCACCAUCGUGCAGGAAACGCUCUCUUGUUACAAUAAUGACUGGAGAAGUGCUUUAGAGUUCUUCAACUGGGCCGAGACGCGGUGUGGCUUCCAACACACCAUCCAAACUUGCAACCAGCUUAUUGACAUUCUGGGCAAGUUUUUUGAAUUUGAUGCAGCUUGGAAUUUGAUUGAGAAAAUGAGUAAUGUGCCCUCCAUGCCCGACCACACCACCUUCCGGGUGUUAUUCAAACGUUAUGUGUCUGCUCACAUGGUUAAAGAAGCAAUUGAUACAUUUGAUAAGGCGGAGGAAUUUAAUUUAAGAGAUCAAAUUUCAUUUUCAAAUCUAAUUGAUUCUCUAUGUGAGUAUAAGCAUGUGAUAGAGGCCGAAGAGUUGUGCUUCCCUAAGAACAAAAAUGAUGUGAUGUAUUCUUGUUUUAAAGUGGACACAAAAAUAUGUAAUAUGCUUCUUCGUGGGUGGUUCAAAAUGAGUUGGUGGGGGAAGUGUAGACAGUUUUGGGAAGAGAUGGACUCAAGGGGUGUGCAAAAGGAUCUAUAUUCAUACUCUAUUUACAUGGAUGUACAAUGCAAGAGCGGAAAACCAUGGAAAACUGUAAAAUUAUACAAAGAAAUGAAGAAGAAGGGAAUUGACUUGGAUGUGAUCGCAUACAACACUGUCAUCCGUGCUAUUGGGAUUUCAGAUGGUGUUGAUGUAGCAGCUAAGCUUUGUCAAGAGAUGAUUGAGUUGGGGUGCAAACCGAAUGUUUCUACAUAUAACACGCUCAUCAAGCUUAUGUGUGAAAAUGGGAGGUACAAAGACGCAUAUAGAUUGCUUAAUCAAAUGCCUAGCAAGGGUUGCGAGCCUAAUGUCAUUACAUACAACUGCUUUUUUGGAUGCCUUGAAAAGCCCAGAGAGAUUCUCAAGUUGUUUGAUAGAAUGAUCGAAAGCGGAGUGCGGCCUAGGAUGGACACUUAUGUCAUGCUUAUGAGGAAAUUUGGAAGAUGGGGAUUUCUUCGACCAGUCUUUAUUCUUUGGGAAAAGAUGGAAAAACAGGGGUUGAGUCCAGAUGUGUCUGCUUAUAAUGCAUUAAUUGACGUGUUGGUUCAAAAGGGUAUGGUUGAUAUGGCACGCAAGUAUGAUGAAGAGAUGUUAGCAAGGGGCCUUUCAGCAAAGCCGAGGGUAGAACUGGGGACAAAGUUGACUAGUGCUGACUGUGGAGGCAGCUGAUGUUUUAUGAAUGCACAUGAGACUGUACUUUAAGAUGUAGAAUCCCAUGUUAAACUUCAUCAGUUCUUUGUCAUCCUUGUGCUUUGUGGCAGCGGGUGGUCCUCCUUUUGGAUGUGUCUACAAAGUACAGAAGUGAUGCCUCAUAAAUUGGCGCUCUUUGAAGAUAUCAGAAUGCGUUUCGGUGAGCUACGUGUUUGUGGCUGGAUUAUAUCAGGUCUUCUGCAUCUAAAUCCAACAAGCUGUCUGUACACCUAAGUCAUUUUGCCGUAUGCUGAAUGAAAGUUAAAAAAACAACAUGCCCCACAUUGAUUAGUUAUCUGACCUUGCUGCAACCAAGAAUCAAACCAUGGUCUCUUAUCCUUUUGGAUUCUUUUCAAUGUACACACCUAUCUCAAAAGAUGGUGAGUAGUAGCGACACAGGACUUCUUUUCACAUUGUCUGUGUUGGUUGUGGAACUUGGAAAGUUUUGCACCAAUAAGUAGUACUAGUAUUUUAAUUAUAAAGGAUAACAAGAAACAAUCUUUUCUUC